AUGUCGGAUCAGUUGAGUGCAGAAACCGGUGACCAAAUCAUCUUUGAAGACAAGGCCGACGGCGACAGUGAAUACGGCCACGAAUGCAGACAAUUGAGCGCCGAAGAGGUGGCCACACUUCGGACCAAUUCAACGAUUGUCUCUGAAUUCAGACAAAAGCGUUUGGAGAAGGAGUCGAAGAAGAAUUGGGACCUCUUUUACAAACGAAAUACAAACAAAUUCUUCAAAGACAGACAUUGGACUCAACGAGAGUUCGAAGAGUUGAUUGACGGCCACGAAGACGAUGGACGCGAUGUACUGCUUCUGGAGGUGGGAUGUGGUGUCGGAAACACCAUUUGGCCAUUGAUUCAGUCGAAGACACACUUCCGGAUCUAUGUCUGCGACUUCUCUCCCGUUGCCAUCGAUUUGUUGCGAAAGAAUCCACUCUUUGACGACAAGAAGUGCACCCCUUUUGUGGUCGACAUCACCGACGAGGAGGCCAUCGAUCGCCAAUUGGGAUCAGAUGUGCGCUUUGAUUACGUGUCGCUUAUAUUUGUUUUGUCGACAAUUAAUCCCAACAAAAUGGUGACGGCUUUGAAGAAUAUUCAUCAGCGCUGA